AAAAGUUUUCCUCUGACUCGCGAAAAGAGGAGUCGACAUGGAUGAAAAGGAGCUGUUUGUGUGAAUAAACGAAAAAGACUGACUUCUCCACACGGUAAAAGAAUGAUAACAUAGCUAGCACUUUGUGUUGUUUUGUAUGAGACGACACGAAAAAACCUCAACUGUGGGAAAGUUUGAAGCAAGGACUGGCUAUGGCGCGGGAGAGCGAAGACCCCGGGAUGGCCAAAGCGUCAAAAAAAGCCAAAAGGCAAAGAAAGAAGAAAACUAAGGAGAACAAAACCAGGAUUGUCCACGCAAACAUACUGUACGAUAACGCCAAAGGGGAGGAAAACCCAAACCGACACUAUGCAAACAACAAGAUUAAGACGACCAAAUACACUCUGCUGUCUUUUCUACCAAAGAAUCUUUUUGAACAGUUUCAUAGGUUCGCCAAUGUUUACUUUGUCUUCAUCGCCUUGCUGAAUUUUGUUCCAGUUGUCAAUGCCUUUCAGCCAGAACUUGCUCUGGCUCCUGUAGUUUUCAUUUUGUCUGUCACUGCCAUCAAAGACUUAUGGGAGGACUACAGGAGACACAGGUCGGAUAAAGAAAUCAAUCACAUGGAUUGUCUGGUGUACAGCAGAGCGGAGAGACGCUAUGUGGAGAAGUACUGGAAGGAGGUGCGGGUGGGAGACUUCAUCAAGCUGCGAUGUAACGAGAUCCUCCCCGCCGACGUUCUGCUGCUGAGCUCCAGCGACCCCGACCGCCUGUGCCACAUCGAGACCGCCACACUGGACGGAGAGACCAACCUCAAGCAGAGGCAGGUCGUCCGUAGCUUCUUUGACCUGGAUUGUGACUUCGACCCCUUAAAGUACAACGGCGUAAUUGAAUGUGAAAAGCCCAACAACGACCUGAACAGAUUCCGAGGCUACAUACUCCAUCGAAGUGGCAGAAGAGAUGCACUUUACAAAGAAAACCUGCUGCUGAGAGGCUGCACCGUCCGCAACACAGAAGAAGCUGUGGGAAUAGUCAUUUACGCAGGUCACGAGACCAAAGCUAUGCUCAACAACAACGGCCCGCGCUACAAGCGCAGUAAACUGGAGAGACAGAUGAAUGUAGAUGUGUUCUGGUGUGUCAUCAUCCUGCUGGUCAUGUGCCUGUUUGCUGCUGUUGGUCAUGGGCUAUGGAUGUUUCAGUACGGAGAUAAGAGACCUGUGUUUGACGUUCUUAGUCCAGAGGGGACAGACUUAUCACCCAUCAUGUCAGCCAUUUAUCUCUUCCUUACUAUGAUCAUCGUCUUUCAGGUGCUGAUACCGAUCUCUCUCUUUGUGUCGAUUGAGAUUGUUAAGAUCUGCCAAGUGUACUUCAUCCAUCAGGACAUGGAUCUGUACGACGAGGAGACGGACUCCCACCUGCAGUGCAGAGCUCUUAAUAUCACUGAGGAUCUUGGCCAGAUGCAAUACAUCUUCUCUGACAAGACGGGCACACUGACGGACAACAAGAUGGUGUUUCGCCGCUGCACUGUGGCAGGGGUGGAGUACUCUCAUGAUGCCAACGCGAGAAGACUUGCCAUGUACCAGGAGAUGGAUUCUGAGGAGGAGGAGUGCACGUCUCACGGUGGCACCCUGCCCAGGAGGGACAGUGUGACCAGCCACCAGAGCGCCCGGGUGGUGCUGCGCUCACAGAGCACAAAGUCCCACCGCAGGACAGGCAGCAGGGCGGAGGCCAAGCGGGCCAGCAUCCUAUCUAAACACACAGCCUUCAGCAGCCCAAUGGAGAAAGAUAUCACCCCCGACCCUCAGCUCCUAGACAAAGUCAAUGAAUGCAGCAGUCAGAUGGACUUCAUGCGAUUCCACAGCCAGCCCAUGUCCCAGCUGCCCUCUGACCUCGCUGACAUCAUUGAUUUCUUUAUCGCCCUCACCAUCUGCAACACAGUGGUGGUGUCCUCGCCCAACCAGCCCAGGCAGAAGGUCCGGGUGAGGUUUGAGCUGAAGUCCCCAGUUAAGACCAUCGAGGACUUCAUCAAACGCUUCACCCCCAGCCGACUGACCUCAGGCUCCAACAGCAGCAGCUCCUCCAGCCUCAUCACCAACCGUUCCUCCAACAGGGGAUGCUCCAGCAUGCUGUCCUCGCCCUCCGCAGAGAGCACGCUCACCAAGCUGGACGAGGAGCAGACUGCCAGAGGUCUGGAGCACUCCUUCAGCUCCAUCCCGCCCUGCUACGACGGGAAGGCGUGGAACCUGGAGGAGGGCGAGCUGCGCUAUGAGGCAGAGUCGCCCGACGAGGCUGCGCUGGUCUACGCAGCCAGGGCCUACAAGUGCUCGCUGGUCGGACGCCUCCCCGACCAGGUGACCGUGGAACUGCCACACCUGGGGAAGUUGAGCUUCGAGCUGCUGCACACACUAGGCUUCGACUCCACCAGGAAACGCAUGUCUGUGGUGGUUAGACACCCUCUGACGGAUCAGAUCACGGUCUACACUAAAGGAGCAGACUCUGUCAUCAUGGACCUCAUCAAACCUCCCGACACAGGAAGCUCCAAAGGGAAACGCCAGAAAAAGAUUGUCAGCCGGACCCAGAACUACCUGAACCUGUAUGCUGCAGACGGUCUUCGCACACUGUGCAUUGCAAAAAAGGUUAUGAGCAAGGAGCAGUAUGCCUGCUGGCUGCAGCGUCACCUGGAGGCAGAGACGGCCAUCCAGGGCCGAGAGGAGCUGCUCUUUGACUCGGCCCUGCGACUGGAGACAAACCUGCAGCUUCUGGGAGCGACGGGCAUCGAGGACCGGCUACAGGACGGAGUGCCUGAGACCAUAGCGUCUCUGCGGAAGGCCGGCCUGCAGAUAUGGGUGCUGACGGGAGACAAGCAGGAGACGGCCGUCAACAUCGCAUACGCCUGCAAGCUGCUGGACCCCGAGGAGGAGAUCCUGACACUGAAUGCUGAUUCUCAGGAGGCAUGCGCGUUGUUGCUGGAGGAAAGUUUACACUACAUCCAGGCCAAAUUCCUCUGCAGCUCUACAGACCAAGCCGCCAAGAUUUUUCACGGUAACUUUGCACCCUUUGAGAUCUAUCCCUCCUCAUCCCCGUCCUCAUCCGCCCACACCACUCCCUUCAUGGUGCACCGGCUGGGCCUGGUAAUUGAUGGGCGGACUUUGGCCUAUGCCCUGGAUAAGAGUCUGGAGGAUAAAUUCCUGGCUGUAGCGCGGAGCUGCCGCUCAGUGCUCUGCUGCCGCUCCACGCCACUGCAGAAGAGCAUGGUGGUCAAACUGGUGCGGAACAAGCUGAAGGUCAUGACUCUAGCCAUAGGUGAUGGGGCCAAUGAUGUCAGCAUGAUCCAGGUAGCGGAUGUGGGCGUAGGCAUCUCGGGACAGGAGGGCAUGCAGGCGGUGAUGGCGAGUGACUUUGCUCUUCCAUGUUUCCGGUAUCUCCAGAAGCUCCUGCUGGUCCACGGACACUGGUGCUACUCCCGACUGGCGAAUAUGAUUCUCUAUUUUUUCUACAAGAAUGCUAUGUUUGUAGCGCUCAUCUUCUGGUAUCAGUUCUACUGCGGAUUCUCAGGUUCAGCCAUGAUCGACCAGUGGUAUCUUAUCUUCUUCAACCUGAUGUUCUCCGCCUUCCCACAACUCAUCACUGGCACUCUGGACAAAGACGUGUCAGCAGAGACCCUCCAACAACUACCUCAGCUAUAUGUGAACGGCCAGAACUCCGAGGAAUAUAAGCCAUAUAUGUUCUGGAUGAACAUGAUUGAUGCCUUCUACCAAAGUCUGGUCUGCUUCUUCAUUCCUUAUUUUGCCUAUGCUGACUCUGACGUGGAUCUGUUUACAUGGGGGACGCCCAUCACCACCCUCGCUUUGUUCACCAUUCUGGUGCACUUGGGCAUUGAGACCAAAACCUGGACCUGGAUGAACUGGCUAUCUAUCUCCUUCAGUAUCGCCUUAUUCUUCACAGUGGCUCUGUGCUACAACGCCUCCUGUCCGACCUGCUACUCCCCCUCUAACCCCUACUGGACCAUGCAGAGGCUGCUACAGGACCCUCUCUUCUACCUGCUCUGUGUCAUCACUCCUGUAGCAGCUCUGUUGCCCAGAUAUUUCUACAGGGCGUGUCAAGGCACACUGUUUCCCAGCCCGGUCCAAGUUGGAAGACAGUUAGAUAAACUCCCCGCUGAAACCCGCAGGAACAUUCUGAGCCUCAGCAGGGUCAAGGUGGGGUCGCCGCUCAGCCCCAAGCCUCCCUUCCUGUCCCCCACCAAGACUUCCCCUAGGGGUUGCAAUAAAAAGGACCAGAGGAGCUUCCCCGUUUUACAAACACACGAACAGGGCCGGAGAAGCCCGCCGGGGCCCACAGACAGUGAGAAGGGCCUCUCAGAUCUCUACACAUCAGAAAAAGACACUCUUCCUUACACCAAAGACGCUGCUAAGCUCUCGAGGGAGCCGCAGCCUCCUCCCACCAAAGACUCAGAGUGUCCCGAUAAGACUUUAGAGGCGUCAGAUCUCAGUCUGUCCUGCUGGAUCACCUCCACACCUCUGCUCUCACCGGCAGACAGCGUCCAGCUGAACCUGCCCCCCGACGGAGACGCACGGUUUGUCAAAUACACGAGGGACCACACGGUUCAGCCAGCACAGAGGACAGAGCAGGGGGCAGAACAGACGCUGCACACCGCCUUGUGAUGUCUUACAGUAUGUUACACAAACUCCAAUUUGCACGAUAUUUUUUUUAAAAAGUCAUAUUUUUAUUGUAUUUUUCUUGGAGAUUCUUUUAUAAAAGAUGCUACAGAAGCCCUGAGAGACAAGUGUGAAAAAAAUUCUGGUGAUCCAAUUUUUUAAAAGUCUGAUCUAAAGUGUUUUCUCUCCUGUGUUUAUGACAGGUAAGAAAAUGGGUUUUUUUUUUUUUUUUUUUUUUAAAUCUGUAAAACAGGUGGAAAGAAUGGAUAAUUUUUCUUAGUUUAAGAAAUGUAUAUAUAUAUAUUUAUAUAAACAAUAUAUAAGUGAAAACAGGUUAAAAACAUUUUUUCGACAUGUGAAAAGGUGAUUUCUUUAAUUUAAUUUUUAUUUUCUUACAAAAUGAACAUCAGAGUGAACAGACUACUCAAAACAAGAUUGUGGAAGGAUUGGGACCAGGUAGGAGAAAAAAAUAAUCAGUUAUAUAGUAAUUUUUUUUCACUAUGCAGUUCGAGAAAAAAGGUGAAAUAGUGAGAAUAAAGUCGAAAUUACAAGAAUAAAGUCAAGAUGUCAAGAAUAAAUUUGAAAUACAAUUUUGAGAAAAAAAUUGAAAUGACGUGUAUGAAGUAAACUUUUUGUUUUCGGUAAAGUUGGAAAUAUAUUUACAGAUUUGUGUCAAUAAGUCAUCAGAGGAACAUUGUUUUCUAUCCGAACAGUUAAGUAGACUGCAAGCUACAACCUGAUUUUCGUAAAUGUCAUAAAAUGAGCAAUAACCACAAUAUUUAAGGGUCUAGUAGUACUAAAAUCCUCCUACACAUAAAUAAGCUAUUCGUGAUUGUAGGCUACAUAAUUGUUAUGGGGAAAAUCUGCUUUUAUAUCAUUAAUGUGAAUUUUUUUAGACAUAUAUCGUAUUAUAUUAUAUAUUGCAUACGUGUUUUUUCUCAACAUUGUAUUUUGACUUUUUUCUCGAACUUAAUAAUGAUUUUUUUUUUCACCUGCCUGGCCCUAAUCUUCUUCCGUACUAGUUAUAUAAAGAUUGAUAUAAAGAUGUAAUCAUGACCAAAACGAGUCCAGCGCUGGUUGAAUCCACAUCGGCAGGUCUGUGUCCAUCUUGUACAGUCAUGAAAAAAAUUAUUUUGACCGCUUUUUUCUUCAAUUUUAUGUUCAUUUUAAUGCCUGGUACAACUAAAGGUACAUUUGAUUGGAUAAAUAUGAUAACAACAAAAAUAGCUCACAUCAGC